AUGACCCGUCACAAAAGCCAUUCGCCGGCUCAGACGCCUUCUACUGCGGCUCAAGAGCAUGCCAGGCGUGCGCGCCGCGAUAUGCUCACUCCUCCUACUUCAUCGCCUUACUUCCCGCAGCGCAUGACCUCUUUGAACAGCUCGCUCACCGGACCUGGCUACUCUCAGAGUCACGCUGUAUUCCAGACUGACUACAUCACGACCACCUCGUCUUCCAAUCUCAGCUCACCUCCUGAUGCUGAGUACUGCAACACGAACCGUGAGAGCCCCGUCCCUGAGAGCGUCACCAGUGAUGGCAAAGACGAUGAUGUCGAGAGCGAGGCGAGUGAAGAGAUGGAUGUCGGCAAGCAUGACCUGCCCAUCAAGGGAAAUGUCUACUGGGACAAGAAGCUGGACUGCCCCGCUCGUCCCAUCUCCAAGCCUUGUGAGGAGACGGUCUACCCAGGUCCCAUGGGUCCGCGCACCAAGUGUAUCUGCGGCGAGCUCGUCGGCGGCAAGCGCGUGCCUCUGCGUAGUGCAAAGAAGUACCACUACAAUGGUCCCAAGUUCACCUUCGAUGAGAAGCUCGGUGCUUACGUUGCGGAGAACGUCACCAUGUUGUCCACCCCGUUCCACACUUUCGAAGUGAACGGCAAGCCCAUCUGCCAGCCCAUCACCGUGUCUAAGGAGGACUACCUGAACGGCAAGCGCGGCGCCAACCUCUCCGCCGAACGCAGCGUCCCCCAAUGCGCCCACUUCCCCGUCACCGGCCUCGUCAGCUACAACGUGCCCUUCGUGCGGGGCCGCAUCUGCCACCGCGCCCCGAGCGCGCAGUGCCUCACGACGCGCAUCCAGGACCAGGCGCGCUUCCUCUGCCUGAUCGAGAACGAGGUCCGCGCCGACGGAACCAUCCGCCGCCGCAUGAACAUCCACGCGCCGCCCGCCGACUGGAACGACCCGAUAGCUAUCUCGCACCUCAACCGCUGGCGCGCCCAGUUCCGCCAGCGCAAGCUGGGCGUCACCUCGCGCGAGGCCCGCAAGAAGUGGACCAAGGACGCCCUCGACUACCUCGUCGAGCGCCUCGCCCGCGACCCUACCACCUACCGCGCCGAGCUGGCCCGCGAUGUCACCAAGCGCUUUGGUAGCGAGCGCAGCGAGCACGCUGUCUCCUGUGCCAUCGACAACCACAAACUGCGCCGCCGUGCUGACGAGCUGCGCACCCAGUGGGAGGCGGAGGGCCUCUACUCCAAGUUUGGUGAAACCGAUGCGGACAUCCUGCUUGGUGAAUCCGAUGAGGAUAUUCUUAUGGAAGAGGUUCCCGACUCGGACAUUGACGAGUCCAGUGAGGUCUUCGACAACGAUGUGAAGGAGGAGGAUGAGAGCGAGGCUGAUGAUGAGCCGAAGACGCCGCUUCCUCAGCAGCUGGAUCAGCGCAGCCUGCCUUACAAGGAUGAGGAGGACCAGAACUACGCCAAGAUGUCGAGCUGGCUCCUUUGA